UCUCUGCUGCUCUGGAUACGCUGGGAGAGGCUGCAGGACCAUGGCUGGGCGAGGGACUGUCCAGCUCUUCCUCUUGUGUCUAACACCAGCUGUGCUAGAGGCCGUGCGGAUCAAUGCAAAGGGCCAGCAGGUGCUGUACCUGGCUCAGGGGGACUCAGUGAGGCUGGGCUGCCCCUACAUCCUGGAGCCUGAGGACAACGGACCCAACAACCUGGACAUUAUAUGGACCAUGGUGAACUCUGACCAGAGGCUGCCGUUCCUGACCUACCAGGACCAGAAGAUCAAGUACGGCAACGUCCUAGGCCUGCAGCAGAGGGUGGCAUUUGUGGCCAAGGACCCAAGCCUGUAUGAUGCCUCCAUCCACCUGGCAAACCUGCAUGUGUCGGACUCGGCCACCUACGAGUGCAGGGUGAAGAAAGCCUCUGUCGACACCCACUUGAUCACCAUUACUGUGCUCGAGAAGCCGGCCGCCCCUCGGUGCUGGAUGGACGGGGAGCCGGCCAGGGGCGGGAACCUCAUGCUCAGGUGCUGCUCUGAAGGGGGCUCCCUUCCCCUCUCCUACCAGUGGUCCAAGAUGGGAGGGGACUAUACCAUGGGCUGGCUGCCCCCCAGGACAGUGCAGGGGCAAGGCUCUGGAGACCUGAUGAUCCAGAGCCUGUCGCAGGAGCAUGCCGGGACCUACAGCUGCCGCGUGACCAACAGGGUGGGUUACACCCAGUGCAUGGUGCAUGUCUCCGUCCCUCGCGCCGGCUACUCAGAUACAAGGAACGUGGGGCUCAUCGUAGGCUCUGUCCUGGGGGCCAUUUUCCUUCUGGUCCUGAUACUCUCGAUCCUCUGGGCCCUGCUGUGGUACUGCAGACGGAGGCACUGCCAGCCCAUGGUGCCCACUGAAAUCAGGUGA